AUGGGGUCACGGUGGCAGCUGCCCCUGUGGUUCAACGUACUCGUGUUGACCAAGUUCUCCGGAGGCCAGCGAGCAGUGGUGCUCGAGGACAACCCGAAGAUGCGUGACUGGGCGGCCAUCCACAAGGGGCUAGAUGCGACGAACUCCACUUUCGAGUACUGCAGUGGUCAUUACGAGGCUCUGUCACCAAGAGACGACACGAAACGACUGCAGCAGGAUUCCCUCUCGGAAUGCGAUGAGAUGAACCGCAUCGAGAAGGACGUGUACCGCGAGCUCCUCGUAAACCGUGAAGGCAAGCCCAAGACCAGUGCCAUGUUCCCUCUGGAUACCAUCAAGGAGCGCACGGCCGGUGCCUUCUCGCCGAGCGAGUGGCUUGAGAGGCUCAAUAACCACGCAUCGGUCACUGGCCAGCCCAGGUUCACAGCAUGGGACCGCAUAGUCCUCAGGGACACGGGGCUACUUGCAGGUAUCGGCCGGCUCUGGGCGAUCCACAGCCAAGCGAAAGUGCGGAAGGCGCUGUCCUGGCUUCUGGCGCAGAUAUUGGGGCCCAUCGUGGACGCUGGGUUGCUUAGGUACAGGUACGGCAGUCUGGCCGCAGCCAACGUCAGGCGCGCCUAUUUCUGCGCUGCCGAGGUUGAAGAUAUCUACCGGUUUCUGGUGAUUGCCCUCGCGAUAGCCGUCAACUUUCCGGCAAGUCUGCGCCUAAACAUCAACUCGCAGCUCAGCAUGGUCCAGCAGACGGCCUCAGCCCUGGUCGGAGCUCUCCCGUGGCUCGACAACGCCACCAAGGUCAACGCUCGGAACAAGCUUUCGCGCGCCAGGACUCUGCUGUGGCCCGCCAAUGACCUCCUCACGGACGAGGCGCUCUCCAUCAUGUACUCCGGCUUUCGCGAUGACAUGCACGCCACGGGUGAGACGUUCGCACACCUCUGGAUUCACUCCAGACAAGCGCUUUACGACAUGGAGACGGACCAGGUCUACCAAGACACUGCAGCUGACAUGGCGCCCAACAUGCGCCUGCCUUUGGCCAAAUACGACUACGUGCGCAACAUGGUCCGCAUUUCGGUACAGGCACUGUCCGAACCAAUGUUCUACGCGCAGGGCACGGACGCUAUGUUCCACGGCGGCCUGGGCUUUGUCUACGCCCGCGAACUCGUCAAAAGCUUGGACGGUGAGGGCAUGUCGUAUGACGCGGACGGCAAUGUAGGCCAUGACUGGGCGUCAGAUGUCUGGAGAAUGACCAUGGGUGAACGAAUGCUCUGUCUGGCGGCUCACGGCAGUGGCACUAAAAGGGAAACCACCGCAGACGACGACUAUCGCCUCUUUCCCGACACUCCGGCGUUGGAGGUGGCGUACACGGCGCUGGAGCAGUCGCUCGCUUCGGAACCGCGGUCCACGAGGGUCCUCGAGGCUUACACCGAACAGCAGCUCUUCUUCAUCACCCUGUGCUACCUCAUGUGCGGCGGCGCUAACCCGGGCCCCACGGACUGCAACAGGGCCCUGCGCCACUUCCCGCCUUUCGCGCAACACUUCAACUGCGCGCCGGGCAGCAAGAUGAGGGCCUCCAAGCAGUGCUCUCUCCUCUACACAAAGCACGCCGGCGACGAACACACAGAGAAAUGAACUGUACUAGCAGUUCUUCGUGUGAUGUCGGUUGUGUGCGAUUCGCGAAAUAGUACGUUGGACAAUGGAUGUGUUCCGAACAUUCCGAAUAUAUUACCACCCGCUAAGCUAACAUUAAGCAAAGAAACGACGCUCGUUUUAAUUUUCCAUUGAGUAGCACUUCUUCGUGUCAGUUCGAGACAGCUAUGAAAAGUGUGCAACUUGCAUUUGACUCGUGCUGAUAAUUUGUUACAAAUACUCUUAAUGCGCUGUUAACCAGCCCGAGCGAUCGCAUAAAUCUUGGUGAGCCUCGGGAAUGGUAAACAGUCUUUUUUUAUUUAUUUGUUGCGUUGCGAAACCUCGCAGUAAAACAUCCGACUUCGAUGUUGCGUUAUGCGUUGAGCAUUUUCACGUAUGAGCCUCUAUGCGACACUUCUGUUAGGAUUGCCUAAGUCGCCUAGACUGAACGUGCAGUGCUGUGCAUUCUACCAACUUUAUGCAUUCAGUUCAUUGUUGAUAACGCACAUCGUGACCAGUCAACGGCAUCCUUGCAUGUUGUUAUAUCGACAGUUGUAAUGUGACGCCAAGCCGAUGAACGUUGCGGAUUUCAUUUGGUGUAUGAACGCG